CUGCCAAUCACUACACUCCAUUCCCGGAUGAGCUCCGCCUCCUGUCCUACCAAAUAGCAGCUGCCUGCGGCUUCCCAGGCUUCAGUGCAGAGGCAGGAAUCCUCAAUUACUACAGGUCCGACUCGUCUUUAGGGAUCCACGUGGAUGAAUCGGAAUUGGAUCACAGUCGGCCGCUCCUGUCAUUCAGCCAUGUCCGCCUCUGCUGGAUGCUCUCCGGCGGGCCACAACUCGGCCCUCAGCCCCGGCAUGUCAGUGUUCCGCUGGUUGGAAGUGCUGGAGAAAGAGUUUGACAAGGCCUUCGUGGACGUCGAUCUUCUGCUCGGAGAAAUCGACCCAGACCAAGUGGACAUUACGUACGAAGGCAGACAGAAGAUGACCAGCCUGAGCUCCUGCUUUGCUCAGCUGUGUCACAAAGCCCAGACUGUUUUCCAGCUCAACCAUAAACUAGAGGCCCAGCUCGUAGACCUGCGUUCCGAGCUGACCGAGGCCAAGGCGGAGCGCGUGGUGGUGGAGAGAGAAGUCCACGACCAGCUGCUGCAGCUUCACUCUCUCCAGCUGCAGCUCCACGCCAAGCAAGGGCAAGCUCCCGACUCUGACUCCAUCAAACACCGACUGCCUGCCUGUACAGUGGAGCAGAUGGAACAGGAGCUGGAGGCCAACAAGAAGGAGAAAUUGACUGAAGCGAGGAUGGAAGCUGACGUUCGACUGUACAGGAAAGAAAACGAGGCUCUUCGCCGGCACAUGGCUGUACUUCAGGCUGAAGUGUACGGCGCUCGACUUGCUGCCAAAUACUUGGACAAGGAACUGGCUGGCAGGGUGCAACAGAUCCAGUUACUGGGCCGUGACAUGAAAGGGCCGGCACACGACAAGCUGUGGAACCAACUGGAGGCUGAGAUCCAUCUUCACCGCCACAAAACUGUCAUCCGAGCAUGCAGGGGGCGCAACGAUCCCAAGAAACCCCUUCCCUCGCCUGUUGGGCAUGAACCCGACAUGCUGAAGAAAAGUCAGGGAGUGGGUCCUAUCAGGAAGGUGUCGCUCAUCAAAGAUGACCAUGAGGGUCUGGGCAUCUCCAUCACGGGGGGAAAGGAGCAUGGUGUUCCCAUCCUCAUCUCAGAGAUCCAUCCAGGGCAGCCUGCAGACAGAUGUGGAGGUUUGCACGUCGGAGACGCCAUCUUGGCUGUCAACAGCAUCAAUCUGAGAGAUGCCAAACACAAAGAGGCUGUCACCAUUCUCUCCCAACAGUCGGGGCAGAUAGAGUUCGAAGUGGUGUACGUGGCUCCAGAGGUGGACAGCGAUGAUGAGAAUGUGGAGUACGAAGACGACAACGGUCAUCGCUACAGACUCUACCUGGAUGAGCUGGAGGAGAACAGUACCGCGCCACCCUGUGGCGGCUCAGCAUCUUUACAAGCAGCUCUAGAGAAGAUGUCGGUGAGCAACGGCGCAGAGAACGGAGACGUGGGACUCUCCAGUGAGACGCCGUCAGAAGAAACUCCUUCCAAGCCUCCCGACGCUCGCAGCUCCUCUUAGGAGACACACAGGAUUUGUAUCUCUUUCCCAAGUACUGAAUCACAUCUGCAGCACGCAGAAGCAGUUUGUUGUCCCUUUUUUCUCUGUGGAUGUUUUAGUGUUGACAUUAGGAGGCUUGAUGGCACGUGGGAAUGCUAGCAGGAAGACGUGACUAAAGAAUACAAGUUGGGUUGGUGAUGGGAGGCUCCUGAUUUUCUACCCAAUUUCCUGGCAUGUUUAGUGGUUUUAGUUGGCUUUGUACGCCUGCAAAAAGCCAUGGCACUCAAAGGAUCCAAAGAGAAGUAAGUGGACGCUAAGGGUGUACUCACACUAGACCACUUGUAUGCACCGUGAUGGACCCCUCCCGCACCUGGCAAAUGCAUCCCAUCAAUUCUGCACGGGCGUUUUACUGCAAUUUCUCUCACUUGAUCGCAUCAAUUUAAUGACUCGUCUUUAUUACACAAACAAACGUGCUUGGUUCCGUUUGUUUGUCCACUGUUACACUGCAAUUUCCCUGACUUGGCGCAUUACUUCCACUCGUAUUUGGAGUUGGGAUUAUUUCUAUUGGAAGGUGGUGGCUGUCAUCAUUCCAUGCCCUGCCCCACCUCCGUGCCAAAGGAGGGGAAACGUUCAUCGGAUCGGAGCGCUCACACGAGCCAAACGUGCAGGACUUGUGAAGCGGCCAAGUUUGAGUACACCCCAAGUUCCUCGAUUCCCUCCAUAAACGAAGCAUGUUCCUGCUAAAAAUGCCUUAGAUUGCUAACGUCCUCAGCGUCGCAACACAACCCUCCUAUUUAUAUGGCAGCCACUGCAGAAUAGACUUCUCAACCCGACGUCAUGCUGGGAGUGAUUGUUACAUCUGACACCGUGUGAUGUCAUGCACUUCAGUAGAUUCUAACCAUGUGGAUGGAUAGCUGUUCAAAAUGCUUUUUCUUUAUUCUAGUGUAAGAAAGUUGACCCCCUGACACUUCAGAAACGUUUGUUUCCUUCACUUGAUCCCUUAUGCCAAAACAUCAUUCUUAAACCAAAAGUCAUUCUUUUGCUUUUCUUCCUUUCCUUUCCACACCUUUAUCGCAACUGUAUUAAGCCUUGAAAUAAAAUGUGCUUCUAAUUCUACUUUUUAGUACAUACCAGUACGGUAAUUAAAAAAAAAAAAAUCCUGAAUACUUAGUUGUAUAUUGAACGCCUUAAUACAAAAUAGAGUAGCACCUGGGCUUUCCAAGGGUACGAUGAAUUCCCAUAGGAAAUAAUGCACAUCCAACUACAGUAAUCCCUCAUUUACAGCGGUUGAUCGGUUCCAGACUCAACCUGAUAAGUGAAUUUCCGCACAGUAGGAUUCCUUAUUUAUAAAUGGAGUGGAGCAAAUAAACGCUGUUUAAAUUCUAAAUACACUUUUUAACAUUAUUAGAGCCCUCUAGACAUGAAAUAACACCCCUACAGUCAACUUUACAUUCCUAUUACCCAAUAUAGUGGACAAAAUAAGAGGAAGUAAGACAUAAGACUUGUGCUUGUGUAUGUUAUUAUUGUAAAUGUCUUCCAGUGCUAGGCGAGCUGAGUGGGGGGGUGGACAAGAAGGAAAGUUUUAGCUUGACGUGGGUGACAGCCGCAACGGCAGCCGUGUUUUUAUUAGGUAUUAUAAUUCAACCCUGCAAUAAAAGCCUGUUCUGGCUAUCAUUGCUGAAUAUUACAGUAUCAUUACUGACACCUGCUGACCAGUGGUGAAUACUUUGAAUGUGUGUUUUAUAGUCUCAUAUUAAUAUACUGCCGUCCCGUGUGACAUCACGCUUUGAAUUUCACGGCUUCACACUUUACGUUUUUUCAGACUAUAUUAAUAAAUCAUGGUAGUUGUGUGGUUAAAUAUAGCCUCUUAGUCAAAAAAUGUGCAUAUGAAUUUUAUGCCUGAAUUCAGCAUUGUCAAGCAUGAAAAUGACAAAGUAGAAUACAAAUAUAAGGCAUUCAGAAAAUGCAUUCAAAGAAAUGUAUGUAGCAUUGUACACUGGUCACUAGGGGUCAGUAAUGUCACAUUGAUGAGACAAUAGCCACUGCAUAGUGUGAGUCUAUAUUACCGUAUUUAUGUCUUAUUUUCAACUAGAUUAGCUAAUGGGAGGUGACUAAAACUAACGAGGGAUUACUGUAUGUACACAUGAAUAUACAUUCCUAUAUAUGUCAAAUAGUACUUUGUUGCAGUAAGAGUGGAAGAAAAGUGGGAAACCCCCCCCCCAAAACAAUUCAUACUGUGCCUCCUUAAAAACACACAGAUCACAAUAACCAAAACACAGUUGGAAUAAGCAAUCAUAAAUAUCAUCGAUGUUAUACGCUUUAUAAACCAAAAAAACAAACAAACAAAAACAUAGCAAUGCUUUUGUUUCAAUUGGCUUUAAUAGAAAGCAUAGAAUUGAAAGACGUUAGCAUGAUGCCAAACAAAUGAACGUCUAAACAAAUGUAAGUAAGUACAUACAUAAGUAUGUAAAAAGCUGCAACCAUUCAAUAAAUAAUCCCUUAAAAUAGGAAUAUUAGUCAAACAUGACUGAACCGUUUGUGUUGCUAAGUAUUUGGGUUCAAUGACGUUAGAAGAUAAGAUGAACAAUGUAAAGCACAUACAACCAGUUACUUGAUUGCUAGUUGGAACAAAGUAAAAUAUUCCUUGGGCACAUUUAUUAGUUGAAGGUUUACUGUGAUUUAGAUGCUAAAUUGAUUUAGGGAAAUAAUGGCAAAUACUAUCAGUUGGGUGGAAGACUUCACCCAUUCAUAAAACAUAUGUAAGCUUAUUUGCACACAAACCGUAAAAGGUCACAGAAAUACACAAAAGAUACUACUGGCACCCAUUAACAUCUGGUAGAUUGGGAAAACCGUGGUGCUGUGUUAAUGGAAUACUGUACUCCGUUAUAGUUAUAGUUUGCUGGCGUGCUUUUAUUUUGAAGACCAAACUUUACCGGACCACAGGAAGUGUUGCGCCGAGUCGGCCCGAGUGUUGCCGAAGAGACGAAAAUGCCUGGGUUGUUACAGUGAGUUGUGACUAAAGAAAACUUGCAUGUGUCCCUCAUAUAAGAGAUAUGACAUACACGUCAGUAAGUAUACUGUGUUCUCAGUUCCUGAGGCUGCUAAUGUUGACAGAAUAGUAAUGUCGAUGCGCACUUGCCAGGAAGUAAUAUUUACCAGCGCCUCCUCCACCUGCUCCCUAUUUUCCACCGCUAGGGGUUUCUCCUCAGCCACCAUUAUUUCAAAUUAGUCCAUCCCCUUUCGCUACGUGGACAACUGGUGACUGAGGUGUGAAGGGGGAAUCAAACACACGUACACACGCACGUUACAUUAAAUGAUAUUAAAGACUGUCUAGCUGACGUGACCCAGGUACAAGAAACGUCCAACAUGUAACGGGCUAUGGCUAGCUAACGAAGACACCGGUGGGCAAGUCCACGUGCACAUAGAGUGACAGCGGGGAUGGCCGAUCACACCCGAGCCAAAAAAAUCAGUUGAGCCAAUUGAUGAGCUUUUGUGGGCGGUCUUAAAUGUAAACCGGCUUCGGCUGGAGCGGUUUUCCGCUUGGUCCUAGUGCUACAAAGUGUCUUGUUUUAAUACAGUAUAGCGUAACAUUGUUUUUGGACGGUACAAAUUAGAGGGGAACAAAGCUUUUCGAAAAGGUGCUGCGGACACUACCCCCAAGUUAUAAUAUUACAACUUUUUACCUGAAAAUAUUAGUCUUUAUGCCUUAUUUAUUAUAUCUAAAAAACGAAUUAUUGAGUAAUUAACUACUCACAUAAUGAAGCCAAUGCUUUCACGUGAAAUUAGGUGUACUAUAUUCCGGAGGUGAUCUACUUUGAGUUGAUGUCUCGUGUGAAAAAUGCUGACACAUCAGCAUGGUUUAUGCAUUCAUAGCCAUAGUGAGUUUACCUGGAUGAGGGAAAAUUGCGUUUGAAUUGAAACGGCCUUCAUGUGCUUGCAUAGAGUUGAACACCACCAACAAUUUCCCGUCACUUCUUGGCCCUGCUGUCCACCACGUAGUGUGCGUAGCAGUCCGCAAUGUUCUUCCUCAGCUCCUCAACGCCUUUCCUCAGCUGGCCCACCUCCGUCAGUUUCAACUUGGCUUCUUCCUCCUGCACAUCCCCGCACUUGCUUUCCUCUGCGGGAAUGUUCAACGCUGCACACAAACAUGCGCAAUGUAAAUAUGGAGGACAACGGCACGGACUUUGUUUUAGCACAAUAUGUACUACAAGCCGGGCGCAAGUACUGGAAUGCAACGGUUGAAUCACGUUUGUUACGUCUGCAUAAUCAUUUUAUAAACUUCCAUUACUGCUAUCAGUCAUCAAGAGCAACUUCGGAGUCUCAAGCCAACUGGCAGUUUACCCUUUCCUUAUUUAGAAAUGAAAUAUUUUUGUACCCUAAUAAGCACCUUCUAAAUGCGGUUUUAAACAUUAUUAGAGCUCUCUGGACAUGAAAUAACACGCCUAUAGCAAUGAUUCUCAAUUAUUUUUCCGUCCCCCAAGGACAGAAAUGAUUUCACGCACCCCCUAUUUGAAAUACUAUUGAGAAACUGAUAUCUAUUUAUCUGGACUGAACUCGAAACUGAAACCAGCGAAAUGCAGCAAAAUGGAGAGCAAUGAAGCAUACGAGCGUAUUCAAGAGUCAAAUUGCAUUCUGAGUAUGAAAAAUUCAUACAUGUUUGGUCUGCACUAACACUGAAAGUCCUCCCUGCCCCCCCCCCCCCCCCGGCAGUGCCCCGCACGCCCUCAGGGGAGCCCGCCCCACUACAGUAUUUAAGAAGCCCUGCCUUAUAGGCACUCUUACACUCCUAUUACCCAAUAUAGCAGUAAUUAAGACAAAAUAUUAGGAGACAAAAGUCAUAUUACGAGAAAAAAAAAUAGCAUAAAGUUGAAAUAUUACAGACAAAAAUAUGCAGCUAGAAAGAGUUGUAUUAUGAGAAACAAACAAAAAUAAAGUGGCAAUUUUAAGAAAAUUAGGUUGGGUAAAAAUGAUAAUGUUACGAUAAAGUCCAAAUAUUAUGAGAAUAAAAGACAUUACAAGAAUAAAGCAGAAAGGAAAAACAAGCAAAAAAAAGUAACGUAAAAAGAAAAAGUUGAUAUUGAUAAGACGCUUUGUCACCGAUGACAAAAAGCUGAGAUGCAGGCUCUUUUUUUCUUUAAAUCUAAAAAACAUGCCAGCAUAUCUACAUGGGUUGGCCCUCCAAUCAUUUUUUUUGGACCAAGAAUGCCCGAACUUGCAGGGACGUGAAUGCGGAAUGACGCUGUGGUGUGCGUGAAUGUGUGGCGUACGUACACGUCAUUUGCAGCAACAGAGACAAGUUGAGCUCCUUUCCUUGAGCUCUCUGAGCCAAGAUGCUGCAGAGAGCCUGAAGGUCCAGCAAACAAAGGGACAUCUCUUUCAGAAGCCGUCCCACUUGUGGCAUCUCCGCGUGGGACAGAGAACGCUCCCGCAGCCCGUCACCCGCCUGUGGCUGCUUGAUAAACACAAGAUCCGCAUGUCAACUUCCCUAAAGUCCUGCUCGGAAAUGACCUCAAACACGAUUAGUAUCAUUUUAAUAUUAAAAGUAGUGAAUUUGUAUUUAGCAAAUAUACUAAGUGCUUAUUUAUCAGCCGAUACCUGAUUAGCUAGAAAACAAAAAAAAAAAAAAAAGAGUGGACGUGAAUCUGAAACACGGUCCAGAGAAGAACCAGUGGUCCAUGUGUUCGUAUCAACAAGUAAGAGACAUGAAAUAAACGUUUGUUCAAUUGAUACCUGCGGCGAGGCCGAAGACUCAAUGGACGGACUCUCUUGGCCCUCAGGAGGACAAACGUGUGAAAGACUUCGUCCCUUGUGUAGUCUUGCACUGAUUGCCUAUCAAAGCACAGGGACGUGUUUUUCAUCAGCAUCGAGGAAGAAAAGAACACUGCAACUCUCACAAAACAAUCCAACGCUUGGCUGGAAAAGCAACAUGAAUUCAUCCUCAGCAAUCAACCUCAAAAAAGCCAACAGACAGGAAGAUGCAGCCUCAAACACACGCCUGAUGAAAACGAUAAAACCAGCUGAAACAUUUGAGUAAGCAAUCUAUUUUCAUGAAAUAACUCAUGGCAAAACAGGAAGAUGGCGUCUGUGUGGUGUCCCCCUGCCUCAUCGUGUCUUUGGGGACCGUCGUCAACAAUCACGUCUUCAAUGAAGGUAAAAGUCAACUUAAAUGAUCAUUUAUCUCAUUCAUCAUUUACAGUAUGUGUUUAAUUUCUGCAUGUUAAACUAUAAAAAUGCGUUUUGUGUUAACAUUUUUGGUUUUCUGGAACGGAUUCAUUGGAUUUACAUUCUUUCUUAUGGGAAAAAUUGGCCAUUUCGGUUAGAGUUGGACCUUCUGUAAGGAAUUAAUGAUGCUAACCAAGGUUCCACUAUAUUUAAGUAAAAAAUACAAUGAGCUUUAAUAUGCACAUGCAUAUAUUUUUGAACUAAUACAAGUAAUAGGCUGGAUUCAACCACAAAACCGCAUGAUUUAUUAAUUUAUUUUUGAAAAACGAUGAUAGAGUGAAGCUGCGAACCCUGAAGUAUUAAAGUAGUAUUAGUAUUCGAGGCCAAAAAGCCGCCUCCUACUCCAUCGCGAGACCAGCUGUUCCAAGUACGUUUCCAUCACUUGUUUGCUAGCUUACCUUUACGUGUGAGCUCAGUCGAUGAAUCUGUCCUUUCUGGUGCUCGAUGAGCUGGUGGGGAGCAAAGAAAAGCAGUCGAUGUGCAUGUGAUGCCCAUGUGUACAUACAGCAUUUCACAGUGAUGUGCUCCAAACUACCCUGCUGCUAUGGUCGCGCUUCUCCAGAAGCUCAGCGUUUUCUUCCUCCAGCUGCUUCAGAUCCAACACAGGCAACCUCACACCGUCCUCCAAGCACUGCUGCACCUUCUGCUGCAGGCUGUAGAUGUCAACAAGGUGAUAUCAUGCGAAUACAUGUUAUUAUGAGCAGGGAAGUCCUUCUAUAGAGAGGAAAUACUCAUAGCAUUUCCUCUCUAUAGAAGGACGGCAGCUAAUGCACACCCCCACCCUUUCAGGAUGAGGCGCGUAUUGCAAAACAAAACACUUCAGUAGAGCAAAACAAUGAUUCAGUUAGGGUUUUUGAUUACACUCGACCCGGCGGUGAAGUGGUUGCGAAACAUUUUUUUAGUGUGCCUACAAGACGGGUGUUUAAAGGGAGGCCAUUUGCAGCCCACGGCUGUUUUUUUUUUUUUUUUUUUUUUGUAUGCUGCACAUUCUUAA